UGCCUGAUUGGUUACUACACACAGACUUUAAAAGUAAUUUGGGUGAAACGUCAUUGUGUCCACUCCGUAGUACCCUAGAUAAUUUAGAGGUGGUUGUUUGGGAUUUAACCUCAAAACUGUUGAGUUUCAUCAUUUGAGCCGGAAUUUGUCAAAUGAAGACUUUCAUAUUCAAAAGAUCGAUUUGGUGUUUUAUACUCAGCAGUGUUUUACGGAGGUAGGCUUUAUCAAACAUCAGCCAGCAUGUCCUGUCCCGAGAACCACGUGAUUUGGAGAUCAGGACAUGUUCAGGCGUACCUGCAUCCUUCUCCCUGGACACCAGGGGCCACUAUUGUGACCCACAAUCCCCCUAAAUACCCAAGCAGCCUCUUCCACCUCCCCGAAUCCUCGUUCCUGAGUCUUUUCCAAGGUGCCCAGGUAGUCGGAGAUCUCCUCUGCAAGCGCCUCUGCGUCCAGCGCUGUGCUCUCGUGCACAGACCUGAUUGUGACGAUGGCACACCUGCACAUCUGCUGCUUCUUCCUCUUCAUGGCUUGGAGGACACAUGGAGGCCGCAUCUCGCCCCUGAGGAAGACUUUCAGCUUAACGAUCCCGGGUACAUAACGUCCAAAAGCGGUCCACGAUGGACUGAUAUUAACCUGGUAGCUGUUAAAGAUCGGAUUCGGGAAAAGCUUCUUUCACCGGACGCCCCUCUUGAUUACACGUUCCUCGGAGAACCGACGCACCCAGGAUUGUUUUCUCGUAUCGUACGAGGAGAGGAGAAGCAGUGGAGGGUUUGGGAGGACAAAGGUCACAUUGCUUUUCUCACACCCUUCCCUAACACUCCAGGUCUCACAGUGGUGAUUCCACGCAAACCUCUCACCAGUGACAUCCUUCGUCUAGAGGACGGGGAUUAUACUGACUUUUUGCUGGCAACCCGGAAGGUUGCGAGGCUCUUGGAGGAAGCGCUGGGAGCAUGGGGAGUAGGGGUGAUAUUUGAGGGGUUUGAGAUUGACUACGCUCACGCUAAAAUGAUUCCUCUGGUUUCAUCACCGGGGAAUGUGACACAGAGAGCUGUGUGUUCAGUACCAGAGUUUUAUGAUGUGUAUCCAGGGUUUGUGAGCUCAGCUAAUGGACCCCCAGCCAGUUCUGAACAUUUAAGACAAAUACAUGACAAAAUCACACAAAUGUCAUAGAACUGAUGUUUCAUAUCAAAGCUUUUGAAAAGUUUUUUUUUUACCAUUUUUCUAUUUGUGUAAGUCAAAUUGUAUUUUUUUUAUCUUUACCAUAUUUGAGUUCUUAAACAAAGCCAAUGUCUUGCUUACAUCCAGUUCAUUGCUUGUUCCAUGCAGUUUGUGGGCUCAUUAUUUUCUAACCUCAGACUGGAUGCCUUUCAUAUCAGAUCAUACAUUAAUAAUUAUAUAUAAUAUUUGGAAACCAAAAUAUUUUCAGUCUACAUGGAUUUCAAAAUUGUAUGUUUAAUUGUUAUAAUAAUUCGUCACUGCAAUUCAUUGAACAUCUCUUUUACCCCUUAACCCGUUCCCUUCAUUCAUUUUAUUUAUGCUGAAAUCUGAUUGGUCUAAUGUUCUAAUGUUUCUGUAGUACCAACAGACACAGGAACUUGUAUGGGAUAUGCUCCAUGUUCUAUAAGGAAACGUUUUUUUCAUCAGUUUUAAAGGAGUCUCUGGAAUCACUGCUUUUUUACAGUCAUAUGUAACAUUUCUGAAUGUUUUCCUACACAGGAAUGUGUUCCCGUCUGAGUUUCCUUGUCAACAUGACAAACAAUUUUUUUUUUUUUCGUUUUUAUUUUCAAGGGAGAAAAAAAAACGAGGCUGGUGAGGGAAUUUAAGUUUUUAGCAGAAGUGAUAACAUUUGAGUUUUUAGCAAUAACUUUAACUUUGAGCCAGCUUGAGCUUAGUGAACCUUAAAAUCUGAAUCAUGAAAUUUGGUCUUGUGACCCAAAAGAAGAAACCAAAUGGGUGUGAGUUUUUUAUUUCUUUUAUAGUAAACAGUGUUUUUGAUCCCACAUUCCAAUCAGCUCUCCUUUAACAUACAACGGGCAAAGAGUUGUAGGGUGAAGGCUAAAACGUGUCUUCUGAGACACAUGAAAUGCAACUUGUGGCAGCUUUUUCCAACUGCUACAUCAUAAGGCGAUGUAUCACGCUCAGAGCAAGAUGAUAUCUGCACUCUUCUGCAUCCACAAGCUCACAGAUGCCUAUGAUUGAGUAGUGUCACUGUGGCUGACAGGAGAGAGAGUAUACACAUCUGCCUCUCACCCAGACUGCAUUGCCCUUUUUCCUGUAUGGGUUCUUUGCUACGGAUGUCUAAGGCAGUUCAUGAUUUUCUGAAGGUGGGAUGACACUGGACAUCUUUGCUCUUUUCUUACUAUUAAUAGUGUUUUUGUGUGAAGUUCAGUUCAGUUAUUAAUUUAUUAGAGCCUGAGGACCCCUAAACAUCCCCUCAUUCAGGUUUGUAUUUGGAUUAAAUUCAGCUAAAUUGGACAAAAGUGAAGUACUGAGACAUGACUUUUCCAACCAAAUGUGCUUCUUGAACAAACUGUUACCUCAAAGUUGGAGGCACACAAUUGUAUAUCAUGUCUUCGGAUGCGCUAAUAGUACAUUUUCCCUUUAAUUCAACUAGGAGACCCAAACCUGUUCCUACAUGACAAUGCUUCUGCGCACAAAGCCAGCUCUAUGAAAAUAUUCUUUAUGUGGGUUGGUGUGGAAGAUCUUGAGUGGCCUGCUUUAGAGCUCUGACUUCAACUCUAUUGAACACCUUUGGGAUCAAUUGCUGACUGGACCCCAGACAUCCUCACCUCAACUACAUCAGUACUUGACUUUACUAAAGUUCUUGUGGCUGAAUGAACACAAAUCCCCUCAAGCACACUCUAAAAUCGAGUGAAACAUCUUCCCAGAAGAGUGAAUAGUAUUGUAAGAGCAAAUAGGGAUUAGAUGUGGAAUGGGAUGUUCAAAAAGCACAUACAAAUUCUAUGGUCAGGUGUUUGCAAACUUUUGUCUGAUCUCUAAAUGACACUUGGGUGCAGUUUUAUCAGCUUUUUUCAACAUCUAUUAAAGAGAAGAAAAUGAGUUCCAAACACAUAACUCUCCUGUUUUUUAAGACAAGGAAGCAUUUAACAUCUAUUAAUAUAGGAUUCUAUGCAAUUUGUGCUCCAAAUAAUUUAAAAUAAACCUGCUAUUUUUUUCUUCA